AGUUCAACAAACAAGUAUCUAGCACCUCAGAAUAAAAUGCGUCACCUAUUUCAUGUGGUUAUGUACACACAACAGAGAAGACGACAAUACACUUCAUUUCCCGACUCACAUGACUACAACAUUUGGAUCUUAUCGUUUCCAGACAGAAGUUACCUCAAGAACGAUUCAGGCGUGACUGGCGUUGAGUCGACGCAAACCUCACGACGCAACUGGUGCAGGUUCAUGCACAAAAGGGGAGGUGGACACGAGGUCCCCGACCCUCUUACAGGGAAAACUGUUACAGGAAGGCCCAGAUAUAUUGCACAUAUAUAUAUACCUUACCCAUUAUUCCAUUUAAUCACAAACAAACAUUGGCAUCGUACUAAACUAAUUUUGGCAUCAUUAAAAUUUAACAAUUUAACAGAUUAUUUCAUAAAUAAUAAAAAAAUUUGAGUAUCUUAAUCUUCA